AGCACCGCUAUAUCAGACGGUGGACAUGUGUCAUAAAUGCAGAUGUGCGUGCACAUUCCAGAAGACGACGAAAAGUAAGAGGGGUGUUUUUUCCGUGCCUGCGUCGCUCUUAUCUGGAAAGCCAUGGGUGAAGUGCCCCCGCCUCCACAAGCCGCUGCCCCAGAUGAAGUUCCCCCACCUGCACAAGCCGCUGCCCCAGGUGAAGUGCCCCCGAAUCCGCCAGCCGCUGCCCCAGCUGCGGAAAAGGACGCGAGCAACGCCGACAGCAUCUGGUGGCUCUGCCUCUCGGCAGCCAUCGUUCUCUUCUUGGUCACCGUGUUUGUGGUGUCAUUGGUGAUGUUCAGUGGAGGCAAUGACUGCGCCGACUGCACCACCGAGGACGCCGACGCUCGCGGCGGCUCUGACACAAGCCACCCGGUUGUUUACAAGAAAAUAACAGCAAGCACCACAAAAAAGCCAGACCAAACGGUUUCAAGUUCUACUGAAGGCAGCACAUCAGACGCCAUGUCUAGCCUUUCUUCAGAUGUCGAGACCAAUUCCACGGAGGAGCCGACAACAAUGAACCCUGCACUGAAGCCGCUCCCGCCUGGCUCGCUCCUCUGCACACUGAGCAGCGGUUUCAACAAAAGCACGUACGUGUUCCCACCGGACGGCCUCUGCGACAUCAUCACGUUCAACUCGCUCAUCACAGUUGAGAAGGACACGUUGAAUACGCCCUACGAUGAAGACUUCACCUACUUUCUGGAGACGGCAAAGAGUCAUCAGACGACAGAGUAUGGCAUCGGCGUCGAUCACAAUGUGUGCAGGAACAUGACAGCCACGGAAGCACUGGCAGCUGAUAAUAACACCAAGACGGAAUUGGACGCGCUGUGGGACCAGAGAAUAUACCACUAUGGGCAAGUCAACACACCUCUGAGAGUCGCUGAAGGCGAUGCGGAAACUUUUGCUAAAGAUUCAGCUAGAGGCCUGCAGGUAUUUGCCAAACUGAUGUACAACAAAAGAGAUGAAGCAAAUCGGCCUAGUUACCUAAUACUCCACUUUCCAGUGUACUCCGACCAAUGGGCUGCAAGGAUUGCUCAUACGCUCACGGACUAUUCGAUAGAUGUGUUUGUGGCCAUCGGGCACCACGCUGACACCGACAGCUUCUAUAAACGGUGCACUAUGGUGCCCCCAACGAUACUGCAAGAAGGAUUACUCAAGCAUAAUCUCCGUCUAUCGGAAUACCCGGUGCGCCUGGCGACGACGUUAGAGAGCCUGGCAUUAAAAGCCAGUCUAUGGCCUUCGACGAGUUCGUUCGCCGUGACUUUGGGUAUGGAGGGUCGAUGGUACAGGCCAAAGUUUCCGGACAAUAUAACCGACAUGCCAGGCAACUACUCGCUGGGCAGGCGUUGCGCUAAGAAAGCUCCACAUUCAGGGCAACUGGCUAGUAUUUCCGAGGUAUGCAAGAGGCCAAUCUACAACAGCACGUUUCAUUUCGACAAGAAAUUCAAAGCACUGGUUACGUACAAUAAGACGAAACGUUGGCUCUUCACUUACGACAAUGCCUACGCACUUCGGCUGAAGUUGUGCGAGGCCAAUGUGAAUGCACUGUCGCUGAAAUAUUCCCUCGCCGCGGUCAACAUCGAGUUUGAAGACGGGAAGGGUGACUGCGGUUUCGGACCGUACCAUCGGCUCCAGCAACUCAAGACGCUGGCUGCUUUCUUAUCAACCAAUUACACAUCACCUGCCGAUGAAAGUGCAUGCAUGUCCUUCACCUGAGAAUAAAUUAUUCCGUAAUAAGGAAUGUUUUAUUGU